AAACGCGUGAUAAAGCUGCGGAAGUCAUCACCAGCCUCGUCUCAAAACUAACAGAAUUUUCAGCAAGAGUUCAACAGAAAGCCAAUAAAGUAUUCGCCAGAAUCAGUUGAUUUUUUUCACGAAAAUUUUUUCGCACGUUGCAUUGCACUAGUUACCCAAUGCAAAAAUUUCCUGAAAAGGAAACAUGCGCUCAGAGCAUUUCAUUGAAUCAUUGUACAUCAUCAAGAAUCUUCUCAACACAAUAUGUCAUGAAUGCCACGUUCACACGUCAAUAAGUCACAAUCAAUCUAAUGGAGGGCCUUGGAAUAUUUUUCCUCCACUCAUGUAUGCCUCACUAGUAACGAAAAAUGUAUGUGCAAUCUGCCAACUUUGUCCGUGUGCACACAUCACCUAAACACGUGUAUCAUUGCUAUCAUAAGAGUCCGAGCGAUAGAGCUUCCGCGUACCACACAGCCCAGUUGCCUCAAAGACUACCUUAGUGCUCCGUCAGUUCACCAGAGAAGCAGCGUCUCUCCAAAAAAAUGACAUCGCUAUCUCUCCAAGACAUUCAAUCACUCCUGCGAUCAACGCUGGGCGACGAAUUGACAGUUGAAAGUUACAUAACAGAGGAUUUACUUCCACCCGGUGAAAAUUACGGGAGCAUAAUGUCAAGUGUGCACGUGAUAAUUAAAAAUCAUAAACAAGGAAAAAGUGAGGAGUUGCAGUUAGUGGCGAAAUCACCUCCCCCAGUCGAGAUGCAACGAGAGAUUACCGACUGUUCGAUUAUAUUUCGAAAAGAGAUUUUCAUGUAUUCAAAGCUGAUUCCAUUCUAUCAGAAUUUGGAGAUUGCGAGUGGUGUGAGGAAGGAGGACGUCUUCAAAGUGAGUCCGAUGUGCUAUGGCUCAAAAUUAUCGGUCCACUCUGGCGACUCAGAUGAUUAUGAUGCAGUGAUUUUGCUUGAAAAUUUGAAGCCAAGUGGGUACUACUGCGUGGACAGAAGAUUCGGGUGUGAUCUGGCCCACGCUAGACUUGCGGUGCGAACUAUGGCACGAUUCCAUGCUCUUGGGAUGGCAGCCAAGGAGAAGGAUCCUGAUUUCUUCGAGGUUGUGAAGGCCGAGGCUAAGGCGAUUGAUAUAGUGAAUCCGGAGAUGUGGGAGGCACUAUUUCAACAGAGGAUUAAGGACAUCACUGAUGAUCCCGAGUUGGAAGAGUAUCACGAGGCCUGUCGUCAAGCUUUGAGCCAGAAAAUGUUCGAAAGCUGGAAGGCAGUGCCUUCUGAGCCAUGGUCGACCAUAGUUCACGCGGACUUCUGGACGAACAACAUGAUGUUUCGGGAUAACAGCGAGGGAGAGCCGGAGGACAUGAAGCUAGUAGACUUCCAAACUUAUCUCUUCGCCAGUCCCAUGAGGGAGCUCACUUUCUUCGUUACUGGGGGGCUGGAGCUAGAUGCCAUUGAUCACAUUGAUGAACUCAUUGAUUUGUACUACGAUACUCUGAUCGGACGACUGAAACUGCUGAGCUGCAAUGUUGAGCCAUACAGCCGGAGGUCCUUUGAGGAGAAGGUCCGGGAGGACGCUUAUGUGGAGAUCGUGCACAACGUGGCCAUGAUCAAAAUCGUGACGCAGGACAUUCAUGAGAAGGGUGCAGAGGCUCCUGAUCUGAUAAAUUUGCUGCAGUCUCACGAUAAUAAUGAGAUUUAUGAGAGGAGGCUGAGGAAGUUGGUGCGGACGUACGGUGAGAAAGGCUGGCUAAAGAAAUAAUAUUCGCGGUGGUCCUUCGUUGUUCCUAAUAGGUGUCAAUUUGUACUGCCAUUCGUCGGAUGUAAGCUGGCUUAUGCUUUAAGCUAAGAUCAUUAUUGUUAUUGUGAUUAAUAGUAAUAAUGUAUGUAAUGUUAUUGUUAUUUAUCAAAAAUGUGUCUCAAGAAGUAUAUUUCUUCGUGUGAACAUUGAAAGAAAAAUGUAUUAAUGCCAACAAAGUUUGUUUGAGGUGAGAAUUUGAGUGGAGAGCUUCGGUGGAAAAUUCAAUCAAUAAGAAUCAAAUCAUUUUCGUAUCUGAGAUCCAUGGAAAUUAUAGAAAAUUGUGAAAACUCAGGCGGCUAUUAUUCUGUAUUUAAAACUGAAUUUUGUCGAAUUAUAAAGAUGAAUAGAAAAUUUUAAAAAACUUCUAAUCCAGUAGAACAAUUGGAAAGUAAUCAGUGUUAAAAUUUUCUAUUUUUCACGAAAUAUAAUGAAGUUCGAUUCAAAAAUAAUAUUGAUGGACCAACAAAUAUACGCUUGACCUUGAUGUA